UGUUUUGUUUUGUUUUUUAACAUCGGGCACAUAUCGGUGUUUUCAAGUCUAAACAGCUGGAGCUCCUUUGCUGUGUUUUUGAAUUUUGCCUUUGCUUUUCCCUGCCUGUCUUUCUGCACGGCGCUGAGCAGUUUGUCCCCUCUCCCGCGCCGUCUCCGCCCCCGCUGUUUGCUCCCUGUCGGAUGGAGGGAGGAAGAUGUCGGUGGAAGGGGGUGGAAGCCGCGGGUUUUAUUUCAACACCGUUCUGUCUCUUUCUCGGUCCCUGGCCGCACACAGACCUGCACCGCUAGACAAGGUUCAGAAGCUGCAAUGCAUGUGCCCGGUGGAUUUCCACGGGAUCUGUCAGCUGGACCAGCGGCGGAGGGACGCAGUUAUUGCGCUGGGGAUUUUUCUGGUGGAGUCUCAGCUCCAGCAUAAAGAAACUAUAGUUCCGUAUUUGCUUCGCCUGCUGAAGGGGUUACACAAAGUGCAAUGGAUAGAAGAGAGCACAGGAAGAAAAGGAAAAGCCCUGCCAGUUGCAGAAAACUUCAGCUUCUGCUUGGUGACGCUCCUGUUUGAUGUAGCGCAGAGGGAUGCAUCACUGCGAGGACAGAUUUUGGAAGCUGUUAUGGAUGUGAUGCAGGUUCUCCUGGGGAUGUGUCAGUCUCCUCAAUCUCAAGAUAAAGAGUAUCUGUGCAGAUAUGCAGUCCCGUGUCUGAUUGGAAUUGCCCGAGCUUUCGGGCGCUACAGUAAUACGGACGAGUCCCUUCUUUCCAAACUCUUCCCCAAGACAGCCCUGCAGCCUCCGCGGGUUGCUGAUGAGCUGGAGGGGGUGCGCAGGCGCUCCUUUAAUGAUUUCAGGUCCAUCAUGCCCAGCUCGCUGCUCUCUGCCUGCCAGGGGGACUCGUUGAAGCGCAAGACCAGCAGCGUCUCCAACACCUCGCAGCCUAGCCCAGAUCUUGGAGGGCCCUCUCCUAGCUCCCCUGGAGGACCAAACACGCAGUAUUUUGAAGGUUCCUAUCUUCCAGAUGGCAGUGCAGUAGAUCCCGAUUACUAUUUCUCAACCAUCAGCUCCAGCUUCUCUGUGUCUCCUCUGUUUACUGGCAGCAGCAGCAAGGAGUUUGCCAUUCCCCUGGAUGUGCUGAGGCAGCUUCUACACAUGGUGAAGCAGGUCGUUGUGGACUCGGUUCUGAAAACACUGGAUGCAACCAUGGAAGAAGUGUUGGAGGUUAAUCCCGAAGUGGAGCUCUAUUACAAAACCUUUAGCGACCCCUUGUAUGUGGCCAUGUUUAAAAUGCUGAGGGACACUUUGUACUAUAUGAAAGAUCUGCAGACCUCGUUUGUUAAGGAAGUCCAUGACUUUGUGCUGGAGCAGUUCAGCAGCAGCCAGUCUGAGCUGCAGAAGAUACUUCACGACAUGGAGAGACUGCACAAUGAGCUGAGCCCUCUGAAACUGCGCUGCCAGGCCAAUGCUGCCUGUGUGGACCUGAUGGUGUGGGCAGUUAAGGAUGAACAAGGUGCUGAGAACCUGUGCACAAAGCUGUCUGAGAAACUGCAGUCCAAAACAUCAAGUAAAGUCAUUAUCGCUCACAUGCCACUGCUUAUCUGCUGUCUACAGGGUUUGGGCCGUCUGUGUGAGCGCUUCCCUGUGGUUGCUCAUUCUGUGACCAUGUCUCUUCGGGAUUUCCUUGUGGUUCCGUCUCCAGUGUUGGUCAAACUGUACAAGUAUCACAGUCAAUAUCACACAGGGACUGGAGAAAUUAAGAUCAGUGUGACUAACGAGUACUCUCAGUCUACACUGAAUGUUUUAUCCAACAAGAAAAGCCAGCCCUCGAUGUAUGAACAGCUGAGAGAUAUUUCAAUAGACAACAUCUGUAGGUGUCUCGAGGCUGGGCUGACUAUGGAUCCUGUGAUUGUGGAGGCUUUCCUGGCCAGUCUGUCGAACCGUUUGUACAUUUCCCAGGAAAAUGAUAAGGAGGCCCGCCUUAUUCCUGACCACACGAUCCGAUCCCUUGGUCACAUUGCCGUGGCGCUGAGGGACACCCCCAAGGUCAUGGAGCCCAUCCUGCAGAUCCUGCAGCAGAAGUUCUGCCAGCCUCCUUCCCAGCUCGACGUGCUCAUCAUUGACCAGCUGGGCUGCAUGGUCAUCACUGGCAAUCAAUACAUUUACCAGGAGGUUUGGAACCUCUUCCAGCAGAUCAGUGUGAAAGCCAGCUCAGUGGUGUACUCCGCUACAAAAGACUACAAGGACCAUGGAUACAGGCACUGUUCUCUCGCUGUGAUCAAUGCUCUCGCUAACAUAGCAGCAAACCUGCAGGGGGAGCAGCUGGUGGAUGAGCUGCUGGUCAAUCUGCUGGAGCUAUUUGUCCAGCUGGGACUGGAGGGAAAGAGAGCCAGUGAACGGGCCAGUGAGAAAGGACCAGCCCUCAAGGCUUCGAGCAGUGCAGGAAACUUGGGAGUGCUUAUUCCUGUCAUUGCUGUGCUGACUCGGAGGCUGCACCCUAUUAAAGAAGCCAAACCCAGGCUGCAGAAGCUCUUCCGUGAUUUCUGGCUCUACUCUGUGGUGAUGGGCUUUGCUGUGGAGGGCUCAGGCCUGUGGCCAGAGGAGUGGUAUGAAGGAGUGUGUGAGAUUGCGUCCAAGUCUCCACUGCUGACCUUUCCAAGUGGAGAGCCGCUCCGCUCCGAGCUGCAGUACAACUCAGCCCUGAAGAACGACACGGUCACCCCUGCUGAGCUGAAUGAAUUGAGGAGCACCAUUAUAAACCUGCUGGACCCCCCUCCUGAAGUAGCUGCUUUGAUAAACAAACUGGACUUUGCCAUGUCUACCUACCUGCUCUCUGUCUACAGGCUGGAGUAUAUGAGGGUGUUGCGCUCCAUGGAUCCAGACCGUUUCCAGGUCAUGUUCCGCUAUUUCGAGGACAAAGCAAUUCAGAAAGACAAGUCAGGAAUGAUGCAGUGUGUGAUUGCAGUUGCGGAUAAGGUCUUUGAGGUUUUCCUGCAAAUGAUGGCUGACAAGGUUGGUGGCAUUAGUAAUACCAAUAUAUCUGUGUUUGUUAAUUCCGUUGAAGAGGAGGCAAACGGAGCACGGAGAACAGCGUCCAAGGGAGUGCUAAUCGACACCUCACCACCUGCAUCAAAGAACUUUUGGUACGACCAUGUAGGAGUCUGGAGCACGAGGGCAGGAGGGAGCGCGACCAUGCACCAUUGGAAACGACCCCUCUCCCUCAGCGCUGAUAUUCACAAGGACCAGCCCUACUAUGACAUUCCAGACACUCCACACAGAAUCACUGUUCCAGACACCUAUGAAGCCAGAGAGAGCAUAGUUAAAGAUUUUGCAGCACGCUGUGGUGAGAUUCUGAAGGAGGCAAUGAAGUGGGCUCCGACUGUCACUAAAUCACAUCUUCAGGAAUAUUUAAAUAAGCAUCAGAACUGGGUGUCUGGUCUGUCCCAGCACACUGGCCUGGCCAUGGCUACUGAGAGCAUUCUGCACUUUGCUGGUCACAACAGGCAGAACACCACAUUAGGGACUACCCAGUUAACUGAAAGGCCCUCCUGUGUGAAGAAGGAUUACUCAAACUUCAUGGCUUCUCUGAACCUCCGGAACCGCUAUGCAGGAGAGGUUGCAGGGAUGAUCCAGUUCUCUGAAGCCACGGGAAGGACCUCGGACAUCAACAAGCUAGCAAUUAAACAGAUGACUGACGCUCUAGAUGCAGGGCAGCCUGAGGCUUACACACAGGCUAUGUUCAAGCUCACCGCGCUUCUCAUCAGCAGCAAAGACUGCGACCCUCAGCUCCUGCAUCACCUGUGCUGGGACCCUCUGAAGAUGUUCACAGAGCAUGGGAUGGAGGCUGCCAUAGCCUGCUGGGAGUGGCUCCUGGCUGCCAGGAACAGAGAGGAGGUUCCAUUUAUGCGCGAGAUGGCUGGAGCCUGGCAGAUGACUGUGGAGCUGAAAAUGGGCCUGUUCUCGGAAGCUCAGAAAGAGGCUGAUCCCCUGGCCGCUUCUGAAGAGAGCCAGCCAGCCCCAUGCCCUCCGGAGGUCACUCCACACUACAUCUGGAUUGAUUUCCUGGUGCAGCGCUUUGAAAUUGCAAAGUACUGCAGUGCAGACCAGGUUGAAAUAUUUGCUACUCUGCUCCAGAGAUCCUUCUCUCUCAAUGUUGGGGGACCGAAAGGCACCAUUAACCGCCACGUUGCCGCCAUUGGACCACGUUUCAGGUUGCUGACCCUUGGGCUUGCCCUCCUUCAUUCGGACGUUGUCGCAAAUGCAACGAUUCGAAAUGUGCUGAGAGAGAAGAUCUACUCCACUGCGUUUGAUUACUUUAGUGUCACGCCAAAGUUCCCCACCCAGGGAGAGAAGAGGCUGCGAGAGGAUAUCAGUAUAAUGAUCAAGUUUUAUGCCAGCAUGCUGUCUGAUAAGAAGUACCUUGCUGCAAGCCAGCUUGUACCACCUGACAAUCAGGAUCCUUCUGUGAAUAGCCUGUCCGUGAUGACGCCGACGGAUUCCAGGAAUAAUCUUGACGUGACAGUUGGGUCCCGACAGCAGACCACCCAGGGCUGGAUAAACACCUACCCUCUUUCCAGUGGGAUGUCCACCAUCUCCAAGAAAUCAGGUUUGUCUAAGAAGAGUAACAGGGGAACCCAGUUGCACAAGUACUAUAUGAAACGCAGGACAUUGCUGCUUGCUUUACUAGCCAGUGAGAUUGAGCGCCUCACCACCUGGUAUAACCCGCUGUCCACCCAGGAGCUGAUAAUCUCUACAGAGCAGUCUGUGGAGACCAGUAUAGCCAACUGGAGGUCCAAGUACAUCAGCCUGAGUGAGAAACAGUGGAAGGACAACGUGAACCUGGCCUGGAGCAUCUCUCCCUACCUCGCGAUCCACCUGCCAGACAGGUUUAAAAACACUGAAUCUAUCGGUUCUGAAGUGACCCGUUUGGUCCGCCUCGACCCAGGAGCUGUCAGUACUAUACCAGAAGCAAUCAAGUACCUGGUAACGUGGCACACUAUUGAUGCCGAUUCCCCUGAACUGAGCCAUAUUCUGUGCUGGGCACCAGCUGACCCUCCCACGGGCCUGUCCUAUUUCUCCAGCAUGUUUCCACCACAUCCCCUCACCGCUCAGUACGGGGUUAAAGUCCUGAGGUCAUUCCCUCCGGAUGCCAUUCUGUUCUACAUUCCUCAAAUUGUCCAGGCACUUCGAUAUGACAAGAUGGGGUAUGUUAGAGAGUAUAUCCUGUGGGCAGCAGCAAAGUCCCAGCUUCUGGCACACCAGUUCAUCUGGAACAUGAAAACCAACAUCUACCUGGAUGAGGAAGCACACCAUAAAGAUCCUGACAUCGGAGAUCUGCUGGAGCAGCUGGUGGAGGAGAUCACAGGCUCGCUGUCUGGACCUGCCAAGGACUUCUACCAGAGGGAGUUCGACUUCUUCAACAAGAUCACCAAUAUCUCUGCUAUUAUAAAACCUACCCCUAAAGGUGAGGAGAGAAAGAAAGCUUGCUUGAGAGCUCUGUCUGAGAUUAAAGUACAGCCUGGCUGUUACCUGCCCAGUAAUCCUGAAGCCAUAGUUUUAGACAUUGACUACAAAUCAGGAACACCUAUGCAAAGUGCGGCAAAAGCUCCAUACUUGGCUAAAUUCAAGGUGAAAAGGUGUGGUGUUAGUGAACUGGAGAAAGAAGGGCUGCGCUGCCGCUCUGAUUCUAUUGAUGAGGCCGAUGAGAACGGAGAAGGGGCAAGGAAAAUCUGCUGGCAGGCAGCCAUCUUCAAAGUGGGCGAUGACUGUAGACAGGACAUGUUAGCACUGCAGAUCAUUGGACUCUUCAAGAACAUAUUCCAGCUGGUCGGGCUGGACCUGUUUGUGUUCCCCUACAGAGUGGUGUCAACAGCUCCAGGGUGUGGGGUUAUUGAAUGCAUUCCUGACUGCAAGUCUCGUGAUCAGCUGGGGCGACAGACAGAUUUUGGAAUGUAUGAUUAUUUCAGGAACCAGUAUGGAGAUGAGUCUACACUUGCCUUCCAGAAGGCGCGAUACAACUUCAUCCGCAGCAUGGCUGCCUACAGCCUCCUCCUCUUCCUGCUGCAGAUCAAAGACCGGCACAAUGGAAACAUCAUGCUGGAUAGCAAAGGGCACCUCAUUCACAUUGACUUUGGCUUCAUGUUUGAAAGCUCUCCCGGUGGUAACCUAGGCUGGGAGCCUGAUAUCAAGCUGACCGAUGAGAUGGUGAUGAUUAUGGGAGGGAAGAUGGAGGCCACGCCCUUCAAGUGGUUCAUGGAGAUGUGUGUCAGGGGAUACCUGGCUGUCAGACCUUACAUGGAUGCCGUUGUCUCCUUGGUAACCCUAAUGCUGGACACUGGUCUGCCAUGCUUCCGCGGACAGACUAUUAAGCUGCUGAAGCAAAGGUUCAAUCCCAAUGUAAGCGAGAAAGAAGCAGCAAACUAUAUAAUCAAGGUUAUUCAGAACUGCUUCCUCAGCAACAGGAGCAAAACCUAUGACAUGAUCCAGUAUUACCAGAACCAGAUCCCUUACUAACACUGAACCUUUUGCAAAAAAAAAAAAAAAACGAAACAAACCCCCGUCUAUCUGUUUUGUGGAAAUCAUAGCUGUUCCUUCUAAUUUAUGUGCACUUUAAAGAAAAGUUUACUGUAAUCAGUCUGCAUGUGCUGUGUCUGGGCAAUUCAGAGAUUAUUCCUGCCACUUAGAAGUUUGAUCUUGAAACAUUCUUGUCUCUGUUGAAAA